AAUAAUAUCUAUUGCACUUGUUUCAGCGAUGCGUUCUUCCAUAAUAUUAUUGCUAUUCGCUAUCGGUUCUUUAGUUUGCGGUGAUGAUGUGGAAGAAGCCAACGACUUAAUUACAGGAACAGUCAUUCCAAUAAAAAAUGGCGUUCUUCAAGUAAAUGUAACUAAUCGCAUCAUAAUUCUUAAUCUUACGAAAAAUGACGAACACAUGAUAAAUGUUCUUCAUACAAACACUCCAUCGCAAACGCUGUCGAGUCCCUUUGUGAUUCAGAAGAAUUGCGGUGAUACUAACAGGCUUUGCGUAACAAGUAACAAUAUUACGCACACUAUCAUUGAUGCUAGUAGAGACGUUGAGAUCAUCAAUAUUACUCGCAUGGUAGCUGAUCCCGCUGCCGAGCUCAUCGAUUGUUAUCAGUAUACCGAGGAUACGCAAUGGUUCGGUGGUCCGGAGGAUCGCUAUCAGCACUGGCCCGUGCAGCACAUGUACUACGAGGAAGAACCAUAUUUGCCGACACAUCCUGAAAACAUGGCAAUAACUGAGCGUUACUGGUUAUCUAGCAAAGGAGUUUACAUCUACGUGAAUGAAACGAAUCCGCUGUUUCUAGAUCAGAACAAUUAUCGAGACAAUUCUAUAUGCCUGAUCGCAAAGAACAAGGCGCCCUAUCGACAUCGUGAUAGCGUCCAGCUCAACUAUGAGUUAGGUGUCUUUCUGAAUCCGAAAGAGGCUCAUCAGCACGUGGUGAACACUCAUUUGGGUAAACCGACGGGUCAUCCUGACGAGAGAAUGAUUCAAUAUCCUGUAUGGUCUACCUGGGCUAGAUACAAGGCUAACGUAACUGAGGAAAGAGUAGAGGCUUACGCUGACGAGAUUGUUGCUAAUCAAUUCAGCAACAGUCAAAUCGAAAUUGAUGACAAUUGGGAAACUUGUUACGGUUCCGCGGAAUUUAAUCCGACUAAAUUUCCCGAUAUCACCGCUCUAACGCAGCGAUUGAAACAGAAAGGCUUCCGUGUCACUUUAUGGAUACAUCCCUUCAUCAACCUAGGCUGCGAACCCGCAUACUCUACUGCGUUGAACAACUCGUAUUUCGUUAAAAAUCUUGACGGAAAUGUUCGAAUGUCAUGGUGGCAAGGUGCAAAUGCUGCCACAAUUGAUUUUACGAAUCCAGAAGCGGUAAGUUGGUGGGUAGCACGGUUGAAGCAUUUGCAGACUCUCGGUAUCGACAGCUUCAAAUUUGAUGCCGGCGAAGUGUCCUGGUUACCGCAGAUAGCAACGUUGAACGGCCCACUAGAUCUUCAGCCUGGAAUAUUUACAAAAGAUUAUGUCGAGGCACUAGCCACUAAUUUUAACGAUUAUAUCGAAGUGCGAGUAGGAUGGCGUAGUCAGGAAUUACCAACAUUUGUUCGCAUGAUUGAUAAAGACACCAGAUGGACGUGGAACAAUGGUCUGCCCACGUUAAUCACGACGCUGCUACAGAUGAAUCUUAACGGUUACGUCCACGUUCUACCGGAUAUGAUCGGUGGCAAUGGCUACCUGGAUAACUCCCUUAACGGCACGGAAUAUCCGCCCAAAGAACUCUUCAUCAGAUGGCUGCAAGCCAACGUCUUCAUGCCAUCGUUGCAAUAUUCCUUCGUGCCAUGGGAUUACGAUGAUGAAACUAUCGCAAUCUGCAAGAAAUAUACCGACUUGCAUGCUAAUCAAAUAUCAGAGAUUCUAAAUGCCAUGCAGCAGGCUAUCACCAACGGUACGCCAGUAAAUCCACCUAUCUGGUGGAUUGAUCCAACCAAUAAGGAAGCUCAUAAAAUUAAUGACGAAUAUCUCCUUGGAGAAACUAUAUUGGUUGCUCCGGUAACUGAAGAAGGUGCCAUUAGUCGCGAUGUCUAUCUUCCUGCGGGAACAUGGUUCGAUCAGAAUCUAAGAAUGACCAUCGAUGGACCACAAUGGCUCAGAAACUAUCCUGCUCCUCUAGACACACUUCCAUACUUCAAAAAAAUUCAAUAAUGAUGCCAACAAGAGUUAAAUUUUUAUAGAUAAUCUUGUUCUCCUAGACUUACUUCUGUACUUCCAAAAAUAACAGUAAUGAUGCAAAAAAGAAUUUAUAUUUUGUAUAUAAAAAUUUGAUUAAUUAUACAAUUAUGAAGUAAUAAAAUUUAAUGCAAAAAUAUUGUCAUUAUUGCUAUGAAAAUUAAUACCAUCUUGACUGAAUAUUGAUAAAGAAUUAUUAAUACAUCUUCAAUCUCAAAUUAUUAUUUUCUAUCUUGAAAUACAUAGUGUAAACUUUAGAGUAAAUAAACACACAAUCGUAAAAACUUUAA